UAGUACUGGAGCUGUAUACGAUACGACUAGUACGAAAAUGGUCCUAGAAAUUUCCUCUUUUCCUACGAAACACCAUCCAAAGCUCUCAUGUUUCCAGCGAAGAUUUUGCGAAAACGUUGGGUGCUGGCGGUGAUAUUUAUAUUUUCGUUGUUUUACUUCUUAAAUAGCACAUUUAAUCAGGAAGUUCCAAUUGGUGUGAUCAGCGACAGGUUCGGUGACCUGCCGCACACCACUCUGCAGUUGCAGCUGAGGGCAGGUGGCGAGGCCAUUGAUCAGAACAACUCCUCCAACUGUCAAAAUUCACAGCAAGGGCACAGCCUGGUGGUAGACAACCGAGGGUUUGUGUGCCCAAGGGAAGCCGUCCAGACCAAUUCCUGCUGCGACCCCGAGCACCGACUUUCGCUGCGUUACACCUGCGAAGGCUGUCGCAGCAGCACCAACUGCUGCUCUGUCUACGAGAACUGCGUGUCUUGUUGCAUGCACCCUGAGAAGGAGGAUGUAGUGCAAGGUGUGCUUGGCAAGGCCAGUAACACAUUCAAACUGUUAUUCCGGGAGGUGAACAGUCAAUACGAGUUCUGCCUCACCAAGUGUCGCACAUCAUCAGAGAGUGUGCAGCACGAGAACACCUACAGGGACCCUGUGGCCAAACACUGCUUUGGAGAGAGCCCCCCAGACCUCAAACCACCUAGCUAGUGCACCCAACGCUCAUCGGUACCCUUUCACCACAUUCUGCAGAAUACUACCUCUGUCUGUGUACCUCAUAGUCCAACUGACGGAACAGUCCAUAGUGACCUCAUCAAUCACUAGAGUCCAGAUGCAAGGGGAUUGGAGUUUGCUGAUGUGAAUUAAAGAUGCAACAGUACUGACUAAUUAAGUGAAACACUUCCUGUGUUCAAUCCAAAAGGAAUUUCUAGAGACUUUCUUCCCCCUUCCCGGCUUGAAAAAGGGAUCCGGCUGAAUUGCAGUUGGCAUGACAUCAAACCUCCUGUGAAAGCCACCUGAACAGACAAGAAACGUUAGUCAGAGUGCCGUUUGCUCACUCUGCAGUCAACAUUCCUGUCUGCUUUUAAGUAACUCACAAGGAACUUUGUGUCGUUCUACCCUUCAAAGGAAAUUUGCCAUCACUACGUCUUCUGGAUAGACCCUUCUUCCAGAAAACGAACCUAAAAAAAAAAUUGUGGUAGUCUGUAAACAAACUGAAAUGGGACCAACUACCUGCAAAUAACUUCAGUCUGAUGUCAAUCACAAACACGUGCAAUAAACUGAACUAGUGGUACCUAUUUUUCUCGACCGCUUUUGAACUUCAAACCUUGAUUCUCACCUGGUUUCUUAAGUAGACGUGCACACUGAAGAUAGCUUGAUACUAUAAUAUUGGACAUCAUGCAGGAGCUGCACGGUUGCGAAUGCUGACUUUGAAAUUAGCCAUCAAGUUUCCCAACCAAGGAACUCUAGCUAGG